AUUUUUCGUUAGAUAGCUGUAGCUCCACGUCGGCAAUUUGCAAGAGUAAUGCGCUUCUUCGUCGUGCCUCGUCCCGUGCAACGUAUUCGAAAAACAAUUGAUCUAUAGCAGCAAUUGCCAUGGAAACGAAAAUGAGCAGCUCCGAGGAAGUGUCCUGGAUCUCGUGGUUUUGCGGCUUGCGCGGGAACGAGUUCUUUUGCGAGGUGGAUGAGGAUUAUAUUCAAGACAAAUUUAAUUUGACGGGACUGAAUGAACAAGUACCACAUUAUCGUCAAGCAUUGGAUAUGAUUCUCGAUCUUGAACCUGAUGAUGAUUUGGACGACAAUCCAAAUCAAUCAGAUUUGGUCGAACAAGCAGCGGAGAUGCUUUAUGGUCUUAUUCACGCGCGUUACAUACUUACCAAUCGUGGCAUCGCUCAAAUGAUCGAAAAAUACCAAGCAGGCGAUUUCGGCCAUUGCCCGCGAGUUUACUGUGAAUCCCAGCCGAUGUUGCCGUUAGGCCUCAGCGAUGUUCCCGGUGAGGCAAUGGUCAAGAGUUAUUGUCCCAAGUGCAUGGACGUUUAUACGCCAAAGAGUUCGAGACAUCAUCACACCGAUGGAGCUUAUUUUGGAACAGGAUUUCCACAUAUGCUGUUCAUGGUCCAUCCCGAAUACAGACCGAAACGUGCGGCAAAUCAAUUUGUACCUAGAUUAUACGGCUUUAAAAUUCAUCCUCUAGCAUAUCAGAUCCAGCAACAGUCUGCGUCCACGUUUAAAGCACCUUUACGGGCUCUUAACUACAAUAAUGGAAAACGUUAAGGUCAUUUCGGAAUAGCCUAGAAUACUUCCUUUCAUUACUCGCAAUUUCUAAUUUCGUCCUGAAGAUUUAAAUAAAAUAUUUUUUAUAUCUCUGUUUCUCCUAUGCAAUAUGUUUCUGCGCAAAUAGGACAUUUCCUAUGUAGUCGCUCCUUGCAACUCUUUCAAUUUACUCAUUAUCUCAUUGCUCUUACGUUUUCGGAGUAUCCGAUAUUACGUAAAGAGAUGAGAAGAAAAAGAGAAAGAGAGAGGCAAGCACAUUUAGUUUCGUCGUGUAAAUCAUUAUCAUAAUUUAAAUUGUAGUAAUAAUAUUGUUUUCAAUAAUCGUUUACGCGAAGAACCAAUAUGUUUUUGUAUAGAAACUUUGAACAUAAUCCACUUUAAAGGAUAAAGGAAAAAUAAAAAAACAUACUAUAUAGAAUAAUUUCGUUAGAUCAUAAAUAAGGAAAGACAUGAUUAUAGGAUAGAACAUACAUCCGUUUUGUACGAGAGUCGUUCGCAUCAUCGUAUUUGCUGCCAAGUAGUUCCUAAAAAUGUGCAGAAGCGGACUUCCUAAAAAAAGAGUCGAGACGCGGGUAAAAAGAGAGCGAGAGAGAGAGAGAGUACUCUGAGUUUCGCAUUGAUUCUUUUCAAGACGCAAAAUAAUGUAUAAAGGGGAGAAUAUAGCUAUUAAGUGUAAUUUAAUUUAAUUGCCGAGUAAUUUGUGCGCGAACUGUGACAGAAACAAUUUAUUGAUAUGUAAAAUCGUGUAGAUAAUAUAUAUAAAUAAUUUACUUUAACGCCAAAAAAAUUAUUGAACUUGAGACGCAAUAAUUUUAAAGAAACGAAAAAUCGUGCACAACGUUCCACGAAGAAUUAAAAUAGACGAUUAUCUUGGUUUCUAUCACAGUUUUCGAGACGUUUUUAUUCACAUUUAGCAUUGGUGGAAGAAAGAUUUCGCGCGAAAAUUUAGAAAAUAAAAUUCUGUGUAUAAUUUUUAACGUAGAACAACAAAGCUACUAGUAAUAUUUUCUUCAUUUCGUUUAAUUGUUCGCAAAGUAAAGUUUUGAGUCAAAUAGAUUUUGUAUCCAAAUUGAUUGAUUUAUAUUAGAGAAAACUACUGUAUCGUAUUUUCGCUUUAAAUUAAAGUACGAUUUAUUUA